CUAGAUUUAUACACACUAUCAUCCACACUGUGUAAACGCAAAACGUGAAAUUGAAAAGAAAAAAGCAAAUAAACUUGAUCAUCAAAAGAAGGAAAACGGAAUACGAAAAUAAAAAAAAUCAUGGUUUCCAAUAUGAAUAUUGAGCCUCGAGCUGAAAUAUGUGAUAUUAAUCGGCCAGCAUUAACGAAUAGCGCAAUAAGCCAAACUACAAUCGAAUGUCAUUUAAAUCAACAGAACCAUCACGAAAUGGUUGACGCCGAAGAGCUGACGAAAAAAGUUCUCAAACUGGAUCUCAGCAAACGGUCGGAGGCGGAAAAGGGCAGCUUUGAUUCGGAUGAAAAGGCCACAAUUAAUGACUGCAAAUCACCAAAAUCACCGCAAGCUUCAGGCGGUCGAUCCGGAAUUGCGACUGGAACCCGAUCAACCAUAAGCCAUCAAUCAUCGAUUACGUCACAAGUCGACGUCGUUGAAGAUCGCAAAGCUCUAAGGGAUGCAUUAUAUCAGGGAAUCUUUCAUCGUCAUCGACGUACCAUAUUUGCCGUUGGAAGUUUCCUGCGUAUGUUGCGUACACGAAAUUCACAAUACAACACCAUACGAAGUAAUUCGGAAGGUGACGAAGACACCAGAUAAAUGAAUCGGUCCAACGAUCCACGAUGGAAAUUCAUUAUACCAAAACCACACAUAUACACAUAACUUGUUCAAUACACAACAACUCCACCCAACAAAUAAACACACAUACACACAAAAUACCAGCAACAACAACAACAACAAAACAACAAAACCCCGUUUAGAAAUUUAUAAUUAAAAAUAAAAUUAAUUAUCAUUAUUCUACUAAUUACUGGUCAUGUUACUAAAAGGAGUUGAAAAGCCAGAGAGAAAAAAAACACACGUAUAUCAUACGAAGAAAAACAACAAAAUAUUGAAAAGAAAAGCGGUGAAAAGAUAAAUAUUAAUCCGAUGAUUUUUUUAGACGAUAAGUUUUAUUCAACUAGAAGAUGUAAUGGAACAGCUUGAUAUUUAUGUCUUAUGAAAGUGAUUACAGAAAUAAAUUAAGCAGAAAUAAUAAAUUGUAUUUCGAAAAAUUUUCAAAUUAAAAACUUAGCGUCAUCCAUUAUACGCUCUGACCCAGAUAA